AUGCGACGAGAGGAAUUUGAAAUUUCGACAGUCGAUCCUGCUGUUAGCCGGCGUAGUAGACAAACACCAGGAAGUGAAAGUGUACUAAAUCGUGAAAAUGUGGGGAACAGUUCACCAAGGAGGAAAGCAAGCCUUGGAUUUAACGCUCUUUGCAUCGGAGUGCUGAUAGUGAUUGUUUUCGCGAUCGUAGUCCUAUGCGUAGGAUUUAUAAUAAAGUAUGAAAAUGAGGGUGAAGCAGUGGGCAAAAUCGAUCUAUUUGUCGACGACCUGCCUUCAGAGCAAGCCGUUUGGUUUGAAUCUAACCUGGCCGAGCUGCGUAAUGCGUUCCGGGUGAAGGACAAUAAGCGACGGGCCAAAAAUGUGGUCCUGUUCGUAGCACUAGACAGCCAUGAGGUUACCAACGGUGCGCCAAGGCCGAUUUGGGAAUCGUUCCCACAUCUAGCCAUGUUCCGAACUACCCAAGAGCGCCCGCUUGCGUCAUUUAAUCCGACCUCGUUGUUUUGCGGCAUUGAGGCGCGUUCGCAUACCAUUGGAUUUGAUUCAGCGGUGGAACCUUGGAGUGAUUGCGUGAGCAUGGAACAUCUCACCCACCGUGCCCCGUCAGUCGUACAGUGGGCUCAAGAUAUCGGACGUCGCACUGGAGUGAUAACGAACGGUGAAAUUGUGGAUCCGUUUCCGGCGGCACUGUACGCCCACACGCCAAAUGCCAGCUGGGUUUAUUCCACUCCCGAUUCAGUGCAUUGUCCUGACGUGCGAUCGCAGCUGCUGCAAGGCGAAACAGGACGGCAGUUGAACGUCAUCGCAGGAGCACUCGCUUGUCCUGAAGAAUUUUGCCAUGAAUCAUUUCGGCAUGAGUGGCAAGCGAGAAAAAAUGAAGAUGGCUCGAGCUACAAAAUAUCAACAAAUGUGCAAGAUUUGCUGGAGAACGAAGACGAUGAUUGGGAGUAUGCGCUGGGAAUAUACGAUCAGCGAGUCCUGGCGGUGCCGAAUGCAUUCCACGAUCUCACGUUGGGCGCUUUGCACGUGCUUGACAGUCCAGAAGGGUUUCUGCUGAUUGCUGUCGUCGAUCCUAAAGUCGGCAUUUCAAUUCAAGAGCUCGAUGUUACGGUGCGGUCGACAUUAAGAAAGCUUAGCCACGCGGUUGACGAUAGUCUCGUCGUCGUGAUCAGAUCUGAUCGUGGUAACGAUCGUCCUUCACCGUAUGCCACGGUGCAUGCAACGGGACCGAUGUCGCAUUUAUUGCACCGAGUGCAUAAUCAAACGUUUUUGGCACAUUUCGUGGCAUACGCAGCACGAAUUGGCCGCUUUCGAGACUCGGACCUGACGAAUCUGGUUUUGAAAAUAUUCUAA